AUGCAGCAAAUGAAAAUGUUGGAAUUUCGGAAGCUUCCACGUAUCAGCAACAAAUCCUCGGAAUCACCUGAAACAGAGAGCAAAGGUCAAAACGACAGUGGAUCACCAAAGCAAUCCGAACUCGCACGUAGAAAAGCCAUUAUACUUGUGUCCAAUGAGCUGCAGACACAUGGCGGCAUUCCCGUCUCCGUCACGUGCCCCUAAACCCGUCGUCUGACCAAAUUCGUACCAUUAGGUCAGAAGUUGACUAUAGAGAUCCCAACUUCUGCCGUUGAUAAGAAGGUGGCAGGGUCUAGAGUGUGGCAGCCAACGAUUUGUGUAGGAACGUUUUACAGGGACUCGCGUUUUGAUAGGCACGAGAAACCGUACGCUUUGUACGAUUCGGAGAAAGACGUAAUAGAUUCGUGUUUCCUCGUUGUCAGAAAGGAUGGAUUUAAAUCAUUUAAUCGUUGGAACAUUAAUAACAAGAGUCUAUGGGACAAGGUUCCCGAUCAUUUAAUUUGGAAUUAA